AGGAGACUGGUGAAAGAGUCUAAAGAUCGAGCGGAAGUAUGAGAAAAGCAUGAGGUCAUCGCCGCGUUGACAGUGGUGGUGGUGGUAGACACCAAUCUCAUGGAAUGGGAAUGGAAGGACAAGAAACGUUGUUCAUUCGGGGUCGCCGAUCUAAGUAGGUAACUGAGAAUCGGCAACAUGUCUUUCCAGCCAAAAAAUGGAGAGGAGAAAUUCGUCACCGAGGGCGAGAAGACCAGAUGUGAAAAAUGUCAAAAGGGGGUCCAGGAAUAUCACAAGUUCGACGGCUGCGGCCAUCUUGCCUGUAAGAGCUGUCUUGCAGCGCAUCGAGGACAUUCUACAGGGAAAAGCAAGACUGCAGUGGAGUUCAGUGUAUCAUCUCCUGAUUGUCCUAUUUGUCAGAUAAGGUUUCUUUUCCCAGAAGAGGGGGCAGAAAUGCCUCAUAUGCCGACUUUCAGCCAAUUUAAUCUAGUAAAAGCACUAUCGUGUGAUUUUGACGAAGUUGAUGAUGAUACCCAUGUUCGGUUUCGAAAAAACUGUUGUCAACACGAGGAGGCUGAUGCCGAACAUGUUUGUAAGAAGUGCAAUGUGAUGAUCUGUAGUGAAUGUCUUCCCCGCCAUUGUGAUGCUGCGCAUGACGUCAUUAACAUGGCAGACUACGUUGCCGAACUUGAGGAAUACGUCAAUGCCAUGUUCAAAAAGGUCAACUCGUCGUACAAGAAGUUGAAGAGGUACACCGAGGAGAUUAAAGCCAAGAGAGAUAUCACUGAGACUACUUUGAGGAACGCCAUCAGGCGAGUCAAUGAAUCAGCCAAGGCGAGUCUGGUUGAUCUAGAAAAAGAAAGAGAGCAAACGGUUGGAGAGAUCAAGUCAACGCAGACGAAGUACGAACGUAGCGCAGACGUGAUUGCCACUGAACUCUCCCAGGAAAGCAAUGCGUUAUUGGUGUACCUGAAACUCCAGCAGGUGGCUUUUGGUGAUGGAAAGUGGGACAAGGAGAGCAGGAUAGUGCGUAUGGCGGAGUUCCUGCAGAGCAAUGAGUCAAUCCUCCAGAGCUCGCUUUGCCAGGCUCGGUAUCUGAUCGAAGAGACCGAGAUUCUAUUGGAGAAAAAGUAUCACUUCGUGGAGGGCUGCGGAAGCAAGGACUAUGAUGAAGCAAGGACCAAGGUAGUUACGCCGAGAUGUGGCAGGCUUCUCAGCAAGAGUAAAAUUGAACCCGUAUUGGUAUUGGACUGCAGGACUGCAACGGAUGAUGGUCCUCCGUUGAUUACAUCAGUUUGUCCUUGCCGUAAUGGUGAUCUCGUGAUAACAGACUGCAAGAAUCUCAAGGUCAAAUGUUUCACACCUCCAAAGGAGCCAAAUGGGAAACACUCUGUGAAUUGGGAGUCGUCCGGAAACGAGGAGGUCAAGCUGCGCUGGCCAAAGUUCGCGAGGCAGUCUUCUGACGGCUCCCGGGUAAUUGUGUCGGAUCUGCGAUCCUACUUCUGCGUGGAGCUAAGCGCAAUGACCGGACACAUCUUGGGCGCGAGUACACAUCCAGUAGAGAACUUGACAAGCCACAUGUCCUUGUCAAAUACCGAGGUCGAUCUCGUUGCCCGGCCUACUGGAAUCGACUCGGAAUUACCAUGGCCGGUUAUUCAGAUGGCGUUCCAACACGGCUAUGUACUUCCAAAAUUGCUCUCACAGCGCAAGUUAUUCCCGAUGAAGGCGUGUUACUCCAUCACGCAGGAUAUGUUUGCCAUCUUUUGCCGUGAGCCCAUCAAUGACAGGGGCGUCAUGGUUAUCUCAACCGCUGGGGAACCUCUCCGGUGCAUCUAUCUCGAGGAGGUCAAACCGUGUGACAUCACCGUGACGCCUGAUGCGCACGUCUUGGUUGCAGACAGCGUGAAUGCCCAGGUCUUCAUGCUUCGUAAGACCGGGGAAUUUGUCGGUAUCUGUAUCGACCGGUAUGACGGCAUGGAGCGUCCCGUUUUUAUUCGUGCGUCUCGCGAGAUCCACCAUGGUCGAUAUGGUGUCUAUGUUGCCGAGAACAACGGAGUGCUGAAAGUCUAUAGCAUGCAAGCGACGGGAACUUAUCUCCCGCGGAUGGCAAGUCUGUCAAGGAUUGACCCCGGGUACUAGACCAAGGGUGGACAAUGAAGGAAUUACCACUAUGACUUUAGACUACCCAAUGAAAAAGUUUGCCGUAUAUUGACGUAUCACUCGGAGAAAUUGAUAUAAUUGCAUGGGGAAGUUACCCACUUCCGACUUGUUGCUUGAUGUGGGAACCUAUUGUAGAAUAUCUAGCAAAUGUUCGGCCAUGGUCUAUAAUUAGUUUUACCACACAUGGUCGUAUGUGUGAUCUUUGCUAACAGGAAAAUUACUCUGCUCUUUAUUAGCGCUUAUUAAGUACUUUGUUGUUGGUAAUUAUUCUAUUGAGUUGCUGUUCAUUUUUGCUGCAGUCUUAAUAAGGUCAGUGGCCUAACACAACCCUUAUAAAAAUUAACCUGCAACUUUGACAUGGAAUUUCCCAAUGGGUGGAGGACUGAACAAAUGUAAAAAGCAUCGAGUUCCCGCUGUACUCUGUUACUACAAACAUAGCGCACCUACAGAUCGAAUUCUUAUCCGACACCACUAACGGAGGACGCCCAAGGAAUUGACCAGGUGGGGGUCUCUGCUCUAAAUGAGAUGCGGAAGGUUUCGAACUGAAAUGCCCAAACCUGACGCGCUUUGGCUGAAUAAGUACAUGUACAUUCUGGCUUCAAGAACAUAUAGCUUUGGGCGGAAGUACCCUUUCACCUCAAAGACAUAGUACGAGUAUAUCAAAAUAAGGCUUAGGCCUACAUAUAGUUCUAUCCGUCUUUUUUUCUACAACUGAUGUUCUUUUAAUAUCAAUCCAUAGCGCAGUUCGAACAUUAAAAAUUGCCAAAAUUUCAUCUUCCUGACACAUGCGUACAUGUAUGAAGAAAAUUUGAAUUGAUUAGAAAUACAUCGUGACCAUCAUCGAUCGACGCACACGUAACAGAGUAGAGCAAAUAUUAUGCGCAAUUGGCUACAGAUUUCGGAAGUCGCUUUUUGCCCUAGCAUACGAUUUUUUGUGCGACAUGUGGUAUUUUGUUUGGUGUGAUUCAAAUACACCAACCGAACAUCAAUGUUCUCAUUAACCAAGCUGAGUUCCUACCUUGCUCUUGGCCGAAAAAUAUCACGUUAUGUCCAAUAAUCCACGUAUCGACACUCUGAGACUCUCUGAAACUCACAAAAUAAUAUCAGUCACAACGAGCGUCCCCAAAUCCGUGUUGGGGUUCGAGAUUAAUUGAUGCUGAGAUUGUGUUAGCGCGGCCAAUCAGAAUCGCUCGUCCUGCGCACAGUGGAGCGCACUUUGGAUGAGAGACGUGAAAUUAUUGGUGGCACCGAGGCCUAAUCAUGCAAAAAGCCCCAAAGUAAUGAGUUUCUCGCUGCUGAAAUGUUACCUUUCCCACCUUUCUUGUUAAGCUUUUCACAAUAUGAGACCAUUAAGUGCAAUCACAGAUGAGUUAUUGCAGUCUUUGUUUCAUUUCGCCUCUUAUUUGAGACCGCGCCAACUCAAACAACACAGAAACAGUGGAACUGUCACUAGUGUGGGAAAGUUCGGGAGACCCAUGUCUCUGCUUAAGGCUUGAUAACGCGGCUUCUCUCCCAAUACGGCUCAAGAAGGUAUACUACUAUACCCUGUCAGGGAGAGUGGCCGUCUCUCACACGAGGACCUAAUGCUCCGGCUAGGAGACGAAUACAUAGACUCGGAAGUGAUAUUCUGGAUGGUCUUACCCUGACUGCGCCCAUUCUGACAGUCCAUAUAGCGCGGGCGCGAUCACACGGGACAGUGCCAUUCCAAUCCAGUGUAUUGUAUUAACGGGAUUUCCAAUCUGAUAGUAUAAUGGGGUUAAUGGCGAGGUAACUUUGAAAUUCUAACAAUUCUUCUGUUAAAUCCUUGGAAGGCGUCUCAUGAAACUCAUAGCAAUGUGAAGCGUGGUUUCAUGUACAUAUGAGUGUCGCAUGGAAAUCAAAAUUAAUAUAAUGGUGGAGAAUUAGGAUAAGUUAUUGUAUAUAAUGAUCGGCUGUUGAUGUAAUUGCAAACUGACUUUUUUACGUAUUGAAUGGGGAGCGAUUUUUGGAUAUUCACCACACUAUACGGCCUCAACCAAUGCACUGUCCUUGCCAGUUAAGUCUAAUAGCAAUUAACCUCGCAUUCAAAGGCCUUUCCUGUAGGGUAAUUUGUUCUAAUUAAACAGUCAUUUAUCAAUUACGACAAGAAUAGACGAAGAAUAUAGUUGA